AGGGCGACCCUGCCCACCUAUACCUACCUCCCUGCAAUGGCGGAUCGGGGAGAUGAGAUGCGAAGAUCCAUUGGUAUAAAGAAGACCAGUAUACUCCACACCCCUCCCAAUUACUCAUCCCUGUAAACAUACACGGUACGCCGGUUGACGCUUUCUCGCUUCAGCGCAACCAGACAGUCGACGUUUCGACCCCCUUCUUAAGUGACUGACCACUUGCUUUAAUCACCUGAGCGCUCACCUCUUGUCUCACCACUCUCGCGUCCUCGCUCUACUGAUCACAGGUGAGCCGUUUAUGACCAGUCUGCCCGGCUCCCGACUCGCAGGGGAGGUCAACAGAAGUAUAGUCACCACCUGCGACUGACCAGGAGGAGACUUAUACGUGAUACCACAUUGGACUGAAUUGUCACGAACGAUUCGUCAUCGACGUCGUCUGGCUACAGAUUUCUCGAGGUUCAAGACUCCGUCAUCGUUAUUUAAACGCUUUCCUGAAUCAUCAUUAUGGUCAUUUUGCAUUGCAUUAUUUAAAUGACUGCAUUAUCAGUAUCGAUAUGGAAUAGGUUUUGACAUCGACAGAACUUAAAGGACAACUCUCAGUCUGCUGCAAAGAAAAAAUUAAACGAGUUUUUAUUUAUGACAUUUUUAUUUCAUUUUCAAAGAGAAAAGCUAAAUGAACAAGAAUUGCCUAUCAUUUUUGAAAGAAGUUGGAUUUCUUUGAUGUCAAUCUCUUCGUACUCUCAGUAAGGAUCUGAUUCGUCCCAGUCCUGAUCUCUGAUCCAAGAAUCGUCUUCACCAAAUCUUAUUUAAACAUCGAAUGUUGACCACGGAAAACACCAUUAUGGAUGGCAAAAGUACUAUUGAUAAGAUACCUAUGUCUUAUGAACGUCUUAUUUCUGACUCUCACCACCGCUAUCACAGUACAGAGAUAACUGGAAUAUACGACAACGACAGCGGUUGUGAUUACCGCAUCAAAUAUGAUGACGUGAAGACCGAUAACGUCUUUUCUCAAUCCAGCAAAUCGAGCUCGAUUUCGGAAACGAGCUCCGAGAAUGAAGACUGUUACGAUGGCGUUCGACGCGACUUCGAUCGCGAUGACGACUCGAGUACGACGUGUGCCAAUGUUGGCAGCCCCGUGGUCAAAAGGCGUUUCGCCGACGUCAAGCCGCCCUAUUCAUACAUCGCUUUGAUCACGAUGGCGUUGGAAGGCUCGAAAGACGGAAUGAUGACGUUGAACGAAGUUUACCAAUUUAUCAUGGACAAGUUCCCGUACUUCAGAGAAAAUCAACAACGAUGGCAAAACUCGAUUCGGCAUAAUUUAUCGCUGAACGACUGUUUCAUCAAAGUCCCUCGGGCACCUGGCCGCCCGGGGAAGGGUAACUAUUGGGCUCUGCAUCCAUCGUGUGGCGAUAUGUUCAGCAAUGGUAGUUUUUUACGACGUGCAAAGCGGUUUAAAUUACACAAGAGUAAGAAUGAUCCGGCAGAAGUUCGUCACGUCAACUCCUACGGUCAUUUCAACCUCUGUAGCGCUUAUCUCGGGUCUCCUCAUCCUUCUCAAUAUGCAAGACGGCAUCAUCCAUAUGCGCCAAUUUCAUCACCGCAUCCCGUUCACCAAGCAGCCCAUGAUGUAGCCGACGUCCCGUGGUCGACAGCGGCACCAACCAGUCUUUACCCGUCAUCGUUGGCGGCGUUGUACAACUCGUCGUUGAACCCAUAUUUGCCCGUCAGUGCACUUUCGUCACCUCUCCUCUCAGGGCAUCUCUCCGCCGGUGCUACGGCGGUACCCCCAGGGUACGCUUCGAUUCUUGAUCGAAGCCCAUACAGCUCUCAGGCGGCAGCAGCACAUUACCUUCAUUUUAAUCGAAAGUUAGCUUUAUGAUGAAGCUUGAUUUGCGUGAACAACAAGCUUUUAUGACGUAUUCCCCGACUUGAAUACCGACAUUCUCCAGAUACAAAUUAUGAUAUGAUUCGACAUUAACUUUACUUUCGGAAUUUCAAUAUCAUUCAUCAACAAUAUCAAAUUAAUUAGGAGAUAUCGAAAUCCCAUUCGGUGGAUCACUCUGUCUUCUUCAGUAAUAAUUGGCCUAAGAAAAGGCUAGAUAAGAAUAUUAUUUUACAUAAGUUCAUAUACUUUAACAUUUACAUGAAAUUAUAUAAUUGGCAUAAUGUGAAUUAUAGAACAUAGUUCUGUCUUUGCAG